GAUCUGUCCAGGCCUUUUCGCUGGGUUAGUGAACAUCUCAUCAUUUCACACGAGCAUUAAAAUGAUGUACUCCUGAGGAGAUAGAAGUCAAGGGAACUUAUGCAGAUCAGUGAUGCAAUUUCCAUGUAACAUGCCUGUUUGAAAAUGACAGAAACAAGUAAAUUGCUGGAUAAAAUGUGCAAUGCAGUGGUCUACAAUGUACGUAGCCCAGCUGAUGGAAAAUUCAGAGAUGUUAAGAUUGUUCAAGAUGGUAACAAAACCUAUGUGAUUGCUGUGAAGGAUAACAAGCAUGUGGCCCAGGCUGAGUCAGGUGGAAUGAAAUCUAUCUGCAUGAAGAAAGAAAAUGAGGAUACUGGUGUGACAAUUUCACAAGGAAGACUAGAACUGAAUGAGAGGACCAGAGACCGAGUAAAGAGGAACUUGGCAAAUAUUGGUGAUGAGUCUGAGGAUGAAGACAUUUACACAUCUUCAUCUGAACUGGCCGAGGUGUUUGGGGUUACUAGUAAACUGCCAGAAACUCAAACUAAGUCAGGCUUGGUACUCUGUCCCAAGUUAUGCUAUCAGAAAGACAAGUGGAUUAAAUCUGCAUCAAAGUCUCCAGAAGUAACAUAUCAGACAAGUGGUUGUAUCAGAAAAGAUGUAAAUGUAAUAGAUGCUAAAACAUCAGUAAAAAGACCUACACUUGGCCGUAAUAUCACGUUCAGUCCAAAUGAUCUGACGGGAACGAACGUGGCUCUUAAUAGAAAACUGUUUGCAAGCCCAUCAUGCGGAAGUGACGCGAGCACUGUCAUAGGAUUUUCCAAUAAAACUCCUGUGUCUUCUGGAUCUCAAAACAAAUGCACCAUUACUCCUGACUUUGUUCGCCAUGCAUACAAAACACCUACUCCUGAAUUGCCAGAAAAACUUGGAGCUGUAAGGAAAAUAUUUGUUGUUCAGGAAAGUCCGUCUUUCCCUAAGUCAAGUACGCCGAAUCAGAAAUGCUCCAGAAAGACUGCAAAUUCCCCUAAAGUGCUGUUAACAUCCGGUAACACAUCAUGCACAACACCUUUAAUUACCUACAGUUCUGUACCAGUGACGAAUAAAGUUGAUACUCUUGGAACUAGCUCCCCUGCGACACAAAUACAUAUUACCAUCCAGGCUAACUCCGACAGUCAAGGCCCUGUGCAGGCCUCCACCAGUCAGAAGGUCACCUCUGACAUUAAAGGUGAGAAGAGUGUGAACCUUGAUGAUUCCCUGACAAAUAUUCAGUGGCUUGGUGGAUUAGCAUCUGAAGGGCUGGUCCCUAAAAGUAAACCAGGAGCUAUUCCAACUGGAAAAGAAAUUGAAAGGGUAAGUCUGGAGUGUGGAAGACACAAAAGACCUGCUUACUCGUACAUGAUGUUGAUCCGUAUGGCCAUGAACAGUCGUGAAGACAAAAAGAUGACACUGCGAGAAAUCUGCAAAUGGAUUGAAGACACAUUCCCAUUUUACAAGUACACCGCAAAACCUGGUUGGAGGAAUUCCAUCCGUCACAAUUUGUCUGUUUAUGACAUAUUCGUCAGAGUUCCUUCUAACCCAAAACAGCACGGUUCCCAUUGGACUGUGAAGGACAGUAAUUCCAAGAAAAUGAAAUACUCCAAAUCCUCCCAGGCUAAAGAUACUCUAGCCUCACAGGAUAACUACAACCAGUCCCUGACUACACAUGUCUUGUCAUCGGUGCCCCUCUUCAAUGCAGCCUCAUUAGGUCUAACUCAGCUGAAUAUUCCUGGGCAAUCAUGUAACCAACCUGCAGCUCAAUCUGGGCACCUCAAGAAAAAGGAAAAGAAAGGUCCUACGCCCAUCCUGCCACGCCCACCUGUGUCGUUACCUUUGAUGAGAAACCCUGGAGGAACUCUUCAGGCCUAUGCACUUAUACCCAUCAGCUCUCUGGGUGGUGCCUUGCCAUCCACUACAUCACAGUUAUCCAUGAUUCCUGGUGCUAAUCAGCCAGUCCCAAUUCCCCAGCCCAUGGAUACAGGUGUGAUACUCAAUCAGGCCCAAGGGUAUCAAGGGAAUGAGCAGCUGUCAAGUGCUGUUAAUACAGGUGUAGUCCCCUGCAGCCCUGAAGUUGUGGCAUCUGAGGAAAGGAAGGUUGACACCUGCAAUGUGAUCAAAGAAGCGUGGAACACAGCAGGCUGUAUGGACGUAGAAACCACACUCCUCCAGGAAUCCACGGGUGAUGAACAGCCCAGCAAGAGAACAAAGGUUAAACCAGGGCUACCUAAACCAAAAAUGUACUCAAAGUCAAAAUCAAAGAGAAAGAAAUCCGGCAAAAGCAACAGAACUGUCCAGAAAAAUAGCACACCUGUGAAGGACAGUGGAAUUAUCACUGAAAGCCAGUUAGACAAUGAUAUAGAGAAUGGAUUACCUACUCCAUUACGGCAACUUCUGGACACACCAGCAGCUGAGCCGACUGCAUCAUCAACACCACUCAAGUCUAUGGCGGACUCUCCCAAGUGGCUGUCACCCAUUGCUGGUCUGACACCUGGCAGACUGGGUGGGCUGUGCAACGGGAGCUUCCUGGACUGUUUACCUGCUAACUUCGACUGUGACUCCCCGACCAUUGUGACUCCCGUGAAGUCACUGGAGGCCUGGUUGAAGAUAGCAAAUGGUCUGCUUGACACUCCGAACGCCUCUCUGUUACAGAUAAACUCUGCCGACCUCUCUCCUCUUCACGGGGGAGGUGACAUUGACUGCCAGACUAAAGACAACCCUCAGAGUAUCAGUCACUUAUUGGCUGAGAUUGACCCAUGUCUUGUAGAUGAGCUGGACAAUUCACAAUUUAAUUUAUCCAGUUUGAACUGGGCUAAUCCCUUUCAAUCCACAUAG